AAUUGUCAAAAUUCACGGAAUGAUCUUUGCUCUUUAAAUGAAAAAAAUGUUAGUGAUAAAGGCAAUUGUAAGAAGCAUUGGUGUACAUUAUCCCUAAUUAUUAUUCAUAUUGUUAUUGUCAUUUUAUCAAUUAUCACUAUUGUUAUUAUAAUCAUUGUUAUUACUAUCAACAACAUCAUCACCAUUAUCACUACCAUAAUUAUUGCCAUUGCUAUCGUUAUAAAUCUUUACUACUAUCAUCAUCAUUGUCAUUUGUCAUUGCUGUCAUCAUCGUACUAUUAUUAUCAUUCUCCCACUAUCAUCACUAUAACUAUUGUCAUUACUACCAUUAUUAUCAUCAUCAUACUAUCCCUAUCAUCCUCAUCGCUUAAGCUAAUAGGAACCAUUGCCUUGAAU